AUGAACGUCCGACCGCGCUGGAGAGCAGCUGCGUAUCAUCCUGUAUGCAAGCAUUCGGCGAAGUUAUUGAGAGGAAAAGAAAGACAUUUGGGAAAAGGCGGCGCCAUCAUCAUGGCGUGGCCGGUUGACCCUACCGUGAAGCUCGUGCUCGGUAUUCUAGGCAAUGUGACGGCUAUCACCUUUUUCGUCUCGCCUCUCAAGACCAUGCGCACGAUCUUUCUCGCGCGGUCAGUCGGAGACUUUUCGGAGCUGCCCUACGUGAUGACAAUGUUCAACUGCCUGCUGUGGACGAUGUACGGGCUGCCCGUGGUGGAACCGGGGCGCGUGCUCGUGUCCACCAUCAAUGGCACGGGGGCUUUCUUUUCUGCCCUUUACAUCAUCCCCUUCCUUGUGUUCGGCACUAGGCGCAUCAAGAUCCGCACAGCAAUCUACGCAAGCGUGGCGUUGCUGCUCUUCGGCGCCAUUCUCCUCAUCACCUUCCUCGCCUUCCACACGCCAGCCGCGCGCACCAGCUUCCUGGGGAUCACUGGGUUGGUGGUGACGAUAGGCAUGUACGCCAGCCCACUCGAUGUCAUGCGCACCGUCGUGCGCACCAACAGCGUCGAGUUCAUGCCGCUGCUGCUCUCGCUCGGCCUGUUCCUCAAUUGCCUUGUGUGGUCUGCAUAUGCAACAUACACCAUGGACAUCUAUAUGAUUAUACCCAAUGGCGCUGGUAUAGUCUUAGGUUUGGCACAACUCAUACUUUAUGGCAUUUACUCUAGGUCUGACAAGACAGGAGCAGGUCUGGUUGCAGACAGCGAGAAGCAAAUGAGCAGGAAGGCUGUUGCUGGGGCGUUGAGGGGUGAAGGGUCAGAUACCACGAGGCACAUUCUGGGAUUGAGCACUUGCCUUGGUCUCUGGAAAGACGCAAUUUCUCCGGAAGAGAUGGUGGUUGUGGAAGGGAGAUGA